AUGCAUCAAGAUGGCUAUUCCCACCACCUCCACAAAACGGGCAAUUGGAUGCCAGCCGACUACAAAGUCCACAAAGAAUGGCUAGGCGGAAUAAUCCACCAAGUCGACCAAACCCAAACACCGCUGCACCCAGUCCUACAAGAAUUCCAACAUCUCAUCGAAACAAACACAAAAGUCUACAUGCUCCUGACCUCCAUGUUCAAAGAAGUCCCCCGCCGCAACCGCUACGGCCACGACCCAACCGGCAACCCCGAGAUCCGCGACUAUCCCCAUUUCCUACAAGUCCUCAACCACCUACUCACCACCGCCCCCUCAUGGACCGACAAAUCCCACCGCGUCGGUCUAGUCGGCCUCCCCAUCAACGCCGUCCUCGACUGGCCAAUGGGCACUCCGAGCGGCUACGCCGCCUUCCUAGACCCAGACAUCAACAAGAUCAUCAAGAAGAUCCUCAAUGUCUGGGGCGAGUACUUGCGCUCGCCUGCCUCCGCCGACGUCCUCAACUCCUCUUCUAACGGCUGGUUCGGCGAAACCGGUCGUCGGGAUCUAACCGCCGUGGCGAAGAUCGGCCCCUCCGCCGCGUCAAAUCUCCAAUUCCAUGAUAUGUUCGAGUGUGACCCCGCCGCUCCAAACCACGGCUUUGGGUCCUGGGAUGCGUUUUUCACCCGCCUCUUUAGGGACGGUAUGCGUCCUGUUGCGGACCCGGAGGAUGGAAAGGUUAUUGCCAAUGCGUGUGAGUCGAAGCCGUUCAGGACGGCGCGUCAUGUCCGCGCCCGUGACCAGUUCUGGAUUAAGAGUCAGCCGUAUUCGGUUCUGGAUAUGCUGGGUCAUGAUGAGCGCGCGGGGCAGUUUGUCGGGGGGACUGUUUAUCAGGCGUUCCUGUCGGCGCUGAGUUAUCACCGUUGGCAUGCGCCUGUUGCUGGCACGGUGGUCGGCGCGUAUGUCGUGGAUGGGACGUAUUAUUCUGAGCCGUUGUUUGAGGGGGUUGGGAAUCCCGAGGUUGCUGUUAAGGAGAUUGAUAUGGCUGGGCAGGUUACCUCGCAGGGAUAUAUUACUUCGACUGCUACGCGUGCUUUGAUCUUUAUUGAGGCUGAUGAACCGGCUAUUGGGCUUAUGGCGUUUAUUGGGGUUGGGAUGGCUGAGGUGUCGACUUGUGAUAUCACGGUUAAGGAGGGUGAUCGGGUGAAUAAGGGUGAUGAGAUUGGUAUGUUCCACUUUGGUGGUUCAACUCAUUGUCUCUUGUUCCGGAAGGGUGUGAAUAUCUCUGGGUUCCCUGAACCAGGGAUGGAGGACAAUAUGCCUGUUCGAAGCAAGCUGGCUGUUGUUUCUUGA